AUGGGGAAACUGAGGCCAGAGAAAGAGGAGCACCUGGCCCCUGGCCAUACCAGAAGACCCCGCUCCCUCUGGAACCUCUUUCUUCUGCUGUGGACCUUCCUGAAUUGUGGUUUAGGGGGCAACGCUCAGGGUCCAGGUGAGUGGAUGCCAUGGGGUUCCUGGAGUCGCUGUUCCAGCUCUUGCGGGCGAGGGCUCUCAGUACGCAGCCGGAGAUGUAUCCGGUUUCCAAGGGAAGAACUGUGCUGGGGAGACACCCAUGAGUACCGCCUCUGCCAGCAGCCUGACUGUCCCCCAGGGGCCAUGCCCUUUCGAGACCUCCAAUGUGCCCUCUACAAUGGCCACCCCGUCCUAGGCACCCAGAAGACCUACCAAUGGGUGCCCUUCUAUGGUGCACCCAACCAGUGCGACCUCAACUGCCUAGCCGUGGGGCACGACUUCUAUCACAGCUUCGGUCGCGUGCUGGACGGUACCCCCUGCAGUCCGGGCGCCCAGGGACUCUGCGUGGCUGGCCGCUGCCUCAGUGCCGGCUGUGACGGUUUGCUGGGCUCCGACGCCCGCGAAGACCGCUGCGGCCGCUGCGGCGGCGCCAACGAUUCGUGCCUCUUCGUACAGCGCGUGUUCCGCGACGCCGGUGCCUUCGCUGGGUACUGGAACGUGACCCUGAUCCCCGAGGGUGCCAGACACAUCCGCGCCGCCCACCGGAGCCGGAACCACCUGGCGCUGAUGGGCGGCGACGGGCGCUACGUGCUCAACGGGAACUGGGCGGUCAGCCCGGCCGGGACCUACGAGGCAGCGGGCACCCGCGUGAUCUACACCCGCGCCACAGGGCCGGAGGAGACGCUGCGCGCCGCCGGGCCCACCUCCGAAGACCUGCUCCUGCAGGUCCUUCUGCAGGAGCCCAACCCAGGCAUUGAAUUCGAGUUCUGGCUCCCUCGGGAGCGCUAUGGCCCCUUCCAGGCGCAGGCUCAGGUCUUGGGCUGGUCCCCGCGGCAGCCUCAGCCUCGGGAGGUAGACCCUCAGCCCCUUGAGUCCCCCACUGUCAUCCCUCCACCGAUCCCGAUCCCCACUCCAGAGCCCUGUCCCCCCUGCCCGGACACCCGCGGUCGUGCCCACCGCUUGCUCCACUAUUGCGGCAGUGACUUCGUGUUCCAGGCCCGGGUGCUAGGCCGCGUCCGCCAGGCCCAAGAGACCCGCUAUGAGGUGCGCGUACAGCUCAUCUACAAGAACCGCUCUCCACUGCGGGCCCUGGAGUACGUGUGGGCGCCAAGCCGCUGCCCUUGCCCCCCGCUGGCCCUCCAUCGGGACUACCUGCUGGCUGCCCGGCGCCUCAUUAGCCCUGAUGGCACCCAGGACCGGCUGCUACUCCCCCAUGCUGGCUACGCCCGGCUCUGGAGCCCCGCCGAGGACAGUCGCGUGCGCCUGGCUGCACGGCACUGCCCUCUCUGA